CGUCAAAAUGGGAGAAAGGGUUGAAGAAGAUUCAAAAGAAUUGCCCGAACUUAAUGGCAUCAUUCUAUUUAGUACAGAUAAUCCCGAAGAAAAUCUGUUAAUGACCGACGCAGCUCAGGAAGUUCUAAAAGAUGGGUUUUUGCCUAUAGUCACUAAACAAGCCAUUGACAGAAUUACUGACAAACCAGGAUUUGUUGGGCUAAAGGCGUUUGAUAUAAAAACAGAGAUUUGGAGUUGUGUAAAGGAGGGGUUAAUAAGUACAUCAAAAUUGUAUCAACCAAACAGAAUAUGUGCUCUUCUUGCGUUAUUGCAAAAAGAUACAACACAAGUUAAAGAGAAAAAUGAAGAAUUAAGAAGAAAAAUGAUGUGCAAAUGUUGCAUUAUUAAUAUGAUUAACUGCUUGAUCACUGUCUGUUUGUGACACGUGUUUUCAGAGAAAAGGAAAUUGUCCAGUAUGUACUAGAGGAAAUGAACACGAUUUUAUUCGACUUCGUACUUCCUGACUGUAUAACAUACAAUAUAUCAUCGAAUCAUCUUAGCCAAAAAAGUAACAGUUCAUAUUUUCUUAAAUUCUAUGUUAAUAUUUCUAUUGGAGAGAAUUCUCAUAAAACAAAAUGACUGUUCAAACUGGCGUUUAAAACGUACAUUUCAAUGGCGUUCAAAAGGUACAAUUAUACUUGUGAUAUGUUGAAGAAAUGUCCAGUAUUUUUAUGUACAAAGUGCACUAAAAUGAAAAUAAUCUCAUGUGUCUCCGCACAGGAAAUCGAAAUGUAUAAAUCAGGUAGAUUCUUUAACUGAUAUAGUGCCAUUUAAAACAAUUACAAUUGUGCUUGACAAUACUACAGGAGGUAUUGUCGUUAAUGCUUUUGAUAGAAGGGAUGCGUUUUGAAGGAAAAUAAGUCUCAUCCUCUAUGGACAUUAAUGGCAUACUUUUAUAAUAGUUAUUUGGAGGCUUAAGUCUAAUUCAAGAAGAAAUUAGAUAUAAGCUUAACUAACUGUACAGACCAAUACUGUAAUGAUUUACAGUGGGAUUUUCUUAUUAUUAACGUGAUCUACUUCAUAACCAACUGAAGCAACAGUGAUAUUCAGAUUGACUUUGUAACUAAAGCAGUGUCUGUAAAAUAUUUUUGUUAUUUUGGGGACACUUUAAUAGCCACUUGGCUUUGAAAGAUGAUUUUCU